CACAGUUUGGGGAUAGACUAAAAAAAUCUGAUAUAUUCUCAACACUACACGGUGUCUUAUAUCUGGCUGAUGAUGUUUUCUUUAAUUUCACUCAGGUCUUUGCUCAUCCCGAACGUUAUUCAUUGGAUGAAUUUUGGACACCUUCAGCAAAACAAUCAGUGGAUACUACUAAUCGUAACUUCCCUCCACCUCCCGGAUGGUGGAAUUCACUCUGGCAUCCAUUUCGAAAUUUUAUGAAUAACAAAUUGCCUAAAGAACUGAAAGAUAAAUUAAUAGUAUUAUAUGGACCAAAUAAAAUACUGACUCAAAUACCGGCUGAUAUUCUUUACGUUCCGCUUGCCGAUCGACAGUCAACUGUACUUGUACAGGUAAUUAACGAAAUAAUGACUCUAUUUCCGACAGCAUAUUGUGAAGUCAUAUUUAUUAUAUUGGUUGAUUUAACAAGUGUUUUAUGUAAACAUUGGCCUUACCAAAACGAUCGACCAUUAUUCAGAUCAUCAGUAAAUUUAUUAAAUAAUUUAAGUGUGAUUAGAAAAAUGGAAGAUACGAAUCAGAUAAUAAAUAGUCGAAAUCCGUAUAACAGAAGUCAAUUUCAAGAGAGACCUUCUCAACUGAAUCCACACGGCUAUAUUUGGACACCGUAUAGAACAAAUGAGAAAUUCUAUCAAACAACACUGUCUACAGGUAUUUUCCCUGCAUAUUACCACUCCAAAUUGCAAGGAGCGGAAUUUUGGCACGGACAAACUGAAUUUAUCCACCCACUUAAAUUAUCAAAUCCGAAUAACUGGCAAGCACGAUUAUGGCAAGAAGCAAUGAAAUCUCAAAUACAUAGGUUUUAUCAGCAACAAACGCAGAGAAGGCUCACAGCAGCGGUAAUUAGCGUACUUGUGAGCACUGAUCCUAACAGCAUUUUAUUUCCAUUAAUUUUACCAGGAAAUAUAGUGCUUGAAGCGGGUGAUCGUGUGAAAUGA